GUCAAAAUCAUAUGUGGUUGUUUUGAUGUCGGUUAAAAACAUUUUUUGAAAAUUGAAUUAUGGCAGACCCCGAUGAAAGUGACAUGGAUCUAAACGUACCCAUGGAAAUGGAAAAUGGCCACAUAACCCAGUCAUCCGAGGAAAAUUCUGAUGCCGAUGUGGAAACGUCUGAUGAAUAUGAGCAAUUAAUGAAUGCGACCGGAGAAUAUGAUAGAGACUUACCUACAUCCCAUGGAUAUUUGGGCACUUUAAAUCCACUAAGUGGCUAUACAAUAUUUGAAGAUGGAGCAGUGUUACAUAUAAUAGCGAUAUAUACCAGUACUUUGGUAUUUCCUGGAUUUACAUUGCCCCUAGUCAUGAGCAACCAUUAUGAAAAUAGAGUAAUGCAGACAUUUAUAAAUGAAAAUAAUAAGGUUUUCGUGCUACUGUGUGCCAAUUCGGGAUACAAUGGUUUGUUUGAGUUCGGCAUCACAAUGGAAAUAUUUGAAACUUCCAUCAAGAACAAUGUGUUGCAUAUAAAAGCCAAGGGCAGACAAAGGUGUAAGCGAUUGCCGAUGUCUAAUGUUGAAAAUGUUGCUGGUCGCAUCAAGCUGGUUAAUGUUAAAAUUUUAGCUGAACCGCCCAUAGUUCCACCGCUAAGCGAUACUCAGCUUUUAACAUUAAAGGGUAGAAGGCAAUGGAAGUUGAAUGAUUUCAAUGACCUGAAAAAAAUUCAUAAGUAUAGAAGGUAUCAUUUGGCGCAGUAUCCGAACCCCGGAUGGAUUUACGAUCACAACGAGGUCAGCUUCUUCAUGAACACUCUCAGGGAAGGAUUGAAGUCUUACGGGGACGAAUAUAUACCCAGCGAUCCCGAAAAGUUUUCCUAUUGGUUCGUACAGAACUACCAGUUGAGCGUCAUGGAGCGGCUCAGAAUAUUGGAGUUGAAAACCACUCUGGAACGGCUCAAAUUGGAGUGUAUUUACUUAAAACUGGAACGGAAAAUGUGCUGCAACAUUUGCGAAUCGGAGAUCACCGAUCCGGAUAAAGUGUUCGCCAUGUCGAAAGACGGAUGGGUGGGCAAUUACGUGAACCCGGGCGGUCAAGUGUACGAGACGGUGACCGUCUUGGAAGCUAGAAACUUCAAUUUGGUGGGUACGGCUUCGCGCAAUUUCUCUUGGUUUCCAGGAUAUUCUUGGACCAUCAUGCAAUGCAGCAGUUGCAACAACCACCUCGGGUGGAAGUUUGGCAGCAAUAAUUUGACUCCCAGGGAGUUUUACGGUCUGGCCAAGUCCGGGUUCAAGGUGGUCAUUCCGGAGAAGCCCAGACCGCCGGACCUGGAGGAGCUCCAAUCCGCGAGGAUCACGUACGCUUUCGAUUAUAUUGGUUUGUACUGAGUACGUUGGGCGUGGGUAUUUUCAUUUUGUUGAGAUUUAUUUUACUUAAUGUACAGUUAACUAAUUGCCUUGUAUUAUUUUUACCUCGUUGCCGACUACCUAUUUUAAACAAAUUAUUAUUCGUAAAAAGAAGUCCAGGGAGAAUAUGCUGGAAAUGAUAAAUUGUUUUUAUUAUUAUUACAUAUAAAAUUGCUAGAAAAUUCCGUUUUCUUCGGUUUUAGUGUCUAAAAAAAAUGCAGAUAAAAACGUGUAACACAUUAUGGUUAUUAUUGAUAUUUAAGGCAGAAAAUGGCAAAAAUUAAAAUUUCACUUACCAGAUCAUCAGUUGAUAUUUUUUAAAAAUCUGUUUUGAUGUCUUUAUGACUGAAACACGUUCGUUAAACUUUAAUUAACGACAUUUAUUUAUUUAAUUAUUGUAUUCGGCGACACAGUCGAUAGCCCUUUUUAGUUGUUUUUUUUUUUUUCUAGUAAAAUAAAUGUUAUUUCUAUAAUCACUCAAUAGAAAAGAUUCUAGAACCGUGAGGUGUGGACUGUAAGCUGGCCAUAUUGUUGUUCCAUGUUUAUAUUUGUUGUUGUGCUAGUCCAUUGGUCUAGACAGAUUCGUUCAGUGGAAUAUUACUUAUAAAUUCGUCUACACUUUCUGGUAUAAUUUUUUGAUAUCCAUCACCUACAUACAAUUUUGCUUUUUUUUUUUUGGUAUAACAUGGAAGAAAUUUUCCAGUUGUACCCUAUAACUUUUUUUCUAAAAUCUAAAGGAAAAAACUUGUGUGAACUAAUUAAAACUAAUAUACAAAUAUUGGAGAUAUCAUCAAAAAUGACGUGGAAAAAGUUUAUACACGACAAG